AUGUCGACUGCCGUAAUAAAUGCUGACGAUGAAUUCCUCGAACCUUCCCUCAGGUCAAUCCUCGAUCAAAAGACUCUUCGAUGGAUCUUUGUUGGUGGCAAGGGAGGUGUAGGAAAGACAACUACUUCUUGCUCCCUUGCAAUCCAACUAGCCAAAGUACGAAGGUCUGUUUUACUCAUAUCGACAGAUCCGGCACAUAAUCUAUCAGAUGCAUUUUCUCAAAAAUUUGGAAAAGAAGCCCGUCUGGUAAAUGGAUUUAAAAAUCUAAGUGCCAUGGAGAUAGACCCGAACGGAAGCAUUCAAGAGCUCUUAGGUCAGGCUGAUGAGGGAGAGGGCGUUGCUGCUGGGAUGGGGGGAAUGGGUGGAAUGAUGCAAGACCUGGCUUUUGCGAUCCCGGGUAUUGACGAGGCCAUGUCUUUUGCUGAAGUCUUGAAACAAGUGAAAUCUCUCUCUCACGACACAAUAAUUUUUGAUACUGCUCCGACUGGGCAUACUCUUCGCUUUCUCCAGUUCCCAACCGUGCUAGAAAAGGCAUUGGCUAAAAUUUCCCAACUUUCCUCUCAAUUCGGUCCCAUGUUAAACGGUUUAUUCGGAGCAAGUGGUACUUUACCAAAUGGAGCGAACCUCGGUGAAAUGAUGGAAAAGCUUGAAGGGUUACGCGACACUAUUGGUGAAGUUAACACACAGUUUAAGGACGAAAAUCUCACUACAUUUGUGUGCGUUUGCAUACCCGAAUUUCUUUCUCUAUAUGAAACCGAGCGGAUGAUACAAGAGCUUGCGAGCUACGACAUUGAUACACACUGUAUCGUCGUCAACCAACUACUAUUUCCGAAAGCAGAAAGUGAAUGUGAGCAAUGCAACGCCAGAAGAAAAAUGCAAAAAAAGUACUUGGAGCAAAUUGAGGAGCUCUACGAUGAAUUUAAUGUUGUAAAGAUGCCUCUUUUAGUCGAGGAGGUUAGGGGGAAGGAACGAUUGGAAAAGUUUAGUGAGAUGUUGAUUACUCCUUAUGUACCUCCUACAGGGGGUCUGUAG